AUGCGUAGAGGCGACAGGUGGUCGUUGCUGACCCUGCAGACCUGCAUCCUCCUGCUGCUGGUGCCUCGCAUACAGUCUCAGCGCAGAGAGGAGAGCGGCGUCUCUUUGCUCCAGCUCAUCGGAGAUCCCCCACCAGAUGAGAUCACCAGGUCCUACGGGCCGAGGGGGGAGACCGCCUACGUCUUCACCUCCGCGGCGGCGUCCGGCCAGCCGGCUCUGGCCCACGUGCCCAACCCUUUCCACCGCCACUUCUCCCUCCUCUUCCACGUCAAGCCCUCCACCCCCGCCGCCUCCGUGCUCUUCUCCAUCACCGACGGGCCCCAGAGAAUCAUGUACAUCGGCGUCAAGCUCGGCGCGGUGCGAUCCGGCCGCCAGAGGGUGCAGUUCUUCUACACCGAGCCCGACUCCGAGGCGUCGUACGAGGCGGCCGCCUUCGAGGUGCCGAGCCUGGUGGGCACCUGGAGCCGCUUCUCGCUGUCGGUCUACGAAGAGCAGGUGACCUUCUACCAGGGCUGCGACUCCGAGCCGCAGGUGGUGAAGUUCGAGCGCUCGCCGGAUCCCAUGGAGCUCGACACCGGGGCGGGGAUCUUCGUGGGGCAGGCGGGAGGAGCCGACACGGACAAGUUCCAGGGCGAGAUCGCCGAUCUGAGGGUGGUGGGGAACCAUCGGGCAGCUGAGCGCUUGUGUGACGACGAGGACGACACCGACGCUGCUUCUGGAGACUUUGGCAGCGGAGACGGAGAGCGGAGACGCACAGUGAAGACCACGUCUGCUCCCUUGCGGCCGGUACCUGAACCCCCUCUGAUCUCCUCGGCCGGAACCAGAAUCACACAAUCAGGUGCCGGCGGAGCGAAAGGUGAGAAAGGUGACAGAGGAGAGAGGGGCUCAACGGGGGUCUCGGGCCCUACAGGGCCAAAGGGAGAGUCCGGUUCCUCCGGUUCCCCCUCUCAGGGUGGAGGAGGCGGGCAGAAGGGAGAAAAAGGUACAAAGGGCAGCUCUGGCUUCGGAUACUCCGGCAAUAAAGGAGACCCCGGUGCUCAGGGGCCUCCCGGGCCCCCUGGUCCUGCCGGACCUACAGCGGACGUGGUUACGCUCAAGGACGGCUCUGUUGUGAACCAGGUGUCGGGGCCACCGGGGGCCGCGGGACCCGCAGGAGAAGAUGGAGAACCUGGCGAUCCAGGAGAGGACGGGAAAGCCGGUCCCGCCGGACCACCAGGUGUACCAGGGAGUCCAGGAGCAUCCGGUGCUCAAGGCCAGAAGGGUGAGGUCGGAGAGGGUCAACCAGGACCCAGAGGCCCCCCGGGUCCACCGGGACCUGCUGGAUCCGGCACCGGGGACCGCCCAACGUUCUUUGACAUGGAGGGCUCGGGGUUCACGGACUCGGACAGAAUCCGGGGGGGCCGUGGUCUCCCGGGUCUCCCGGGGCCUCCUGGCCCUCCCGGGGUUUCGGUGGCACUGGGUCCCAACGGUCCGGUCACUUUCGGACCUCCUGGACCACCUGGACAGGAUGGAGUCCCCGGUCUCCCGGGUCCUCCUGGUCCUCCUGGUAGACUAGGUCAACCGGGAUCCGGAGAAAAGGGUGAAAGCGGUGAGCUUGGUCUCCCGGGAGCAGCUGGAGAAAAGGGUGCUCAGGGUGACCUCGGACUGCCAGGUGCCUCAGGGCAGGGUGGGCUGGCGGGGCUUCCAGGUCCCAUGGGACCAGUUGGACCCUCGGGACCCCCCGGGCCACCAGGCCCGCCGUCCCGCUUUGGUCAUGUGAACCAGGAUGGAUACGAGACCAUCAAUGGCUCGCCCGGACUCAGUGGCCCACCUGGACCUCAGGGCCCGCCGGGUAUCGCAGGUCUACCUGGUCGGCCGGGUUUGCCAGGGAACCAUGGAGACAAAGGAUCAGAGGGAUCCAGUGGAUCUCCUGGGAUUCCAGGUCUCGACGGGUUCACCGGAAAGCCGGGUGAGAAGGGAGCCGCAGGACAGAGAGGAGAGCCGGGUCUGCCGGGGCGAGAUGGAGCGCUACCUGGACCUCCAGGGCCUCCCGGUCCUCCAGGACAAGUCACCUACCAGACCAGCGAUUAUAAUGACGUGUAUUGGAGCGAAGGGUCACAGGAAGGGAACGGUGUUGCGGGUCGAGCAGGAUUCCCGGGGCCCUCUGGACCAAAAGGAGACAAGGGAGACUCGGGUACUCCAGGAUAUGCACCUAAAGGCGAGAAAGGAGAACCUGGUCUCAUCAUGGGGGCCGAUGGGAGACCACAGUACCUCGGAGGUCUGGCGGGACGGCCGGGCGACGGAGGCCCCCCUGGACCUGAGGGCCCUACAGGUCCUUACGGCCCUUCAGGACCGAAGGGAGAGAUCGGGAUACCGGGUCGACCCGGUCGGCCGGGGCUGAACGGCGCCAGAGGAGACAAGGGAGACUCGGGCUCUGUAUAUGGAUCUGGUCACGCUGGUGCUCCGGGUCCACCGGGCCCCCCUGGACCUCCAGGACCUUCUCUUCACACAGACAGAAUCAGAGGCUAUGAGGACAGCUCCAGGUAUUAUCCAGCCGUUAAAGGAGACAAAGGCGAUCGAGGACCACCGGGGGCGCUAGAGAUUACAGGUGCCGGAUCCACCGUGGACCUCCACACCUUGAGGAAUGAGCUGAAAGGUGAAACGGGCGAUCCGGGCUUCAAAGGAGAGAAAGGAGAACCGAGUGGAGGGUACUACCACUACGGAGGCAGCGGGGGUCCCGCAGUGCCCGGACCUCCCGGCCCGAGAGGAGAAUCCAUCGUCGGCCCACCGGGCCCUCAGGGGCCAACGGGUCAACCAGGAAGAGGCUACGAUGGGCAAGCUGGACCCCCGGGGCCGCCCGGACCUCCAGGAGCAUCUGUAACUGGAUCUCACAGGGGCUCACAGACCAUCAAUAUUCCUGGACCACCGGGACCCCCUGGAGUGCCCGGACUACCUGGAUACUCCUCAGGGGUGACGGUGUUGAGGUCUUAUGACACCAUGACAGCCACGGCUAGAAGACAGCCCGAGGGCUCUCUGGUCUACAUCAUAGAACAGACGGAUCUCUACAUACGGGUCCGAGACGGAAUCCGUCAAGUCCAGCUCGGGAGCUACAUUGCUUUGCCCGGCCAGGACAGUAAUGAGGUAGCGGCUGUGCAGCCCCCACCGGUCGUCCCCUAUUCCCCGGACCACCACUCCAACACCGCCGCACACGACUCCCAGAGGCCACCUGAGAGUCCGGUCCACGGCGACUCUGGGCAUCGGUCACACCCGGACCCGCAUCACCCUGACCCGCAUCACCCUGACCCCAGAUACCCAACCCACUCUGAUCCCCGAUACCCAACCCACUCUGAUCCACGAUACCCAACCCACUCUGAUCCCCAAAACCCAACCCACUCUGAUCCCCAAAACCCAACCCACUCUGAUCCCCGAUACCCAACCCACUCUGAUCCCCGAAACCCAACCCACUCUGAUCCCCAAAACCCAACCCACUCUGAUCCCCGAUACCCAACCCACUCUGAUCCCCGAAACCCAACCCACUCUGAUCCCCAAAACCCAACCCACUCUGAUCCCCGAUACCCAACCCACUCUGAUCCCCGAAACCCAACCCACUCUGAUCCCCAAAACCCAACCCACUCUGAUCCCCGAAACCCAACCCACUCUGAUCCCCGAAACCAACCUGACACGCAAUACCAGCCGGAUCCGCGGUUCCCAGCUCCAACAGAUCCCAGGUUUCCCAGUUACUCGGACCGGAUAAAUCACCCAGAUGGGAGGUUUCCUGGGAAUCCGGCCCAGGAACGUCCUGCCUACCCAGAGACUCGUCACCCGGUCACUCCCCAGAGAAGACCACCUCCUCAUGUGCCCCAGUCUCCGGUCCACCAUCAUACCUCAGGUCCAGGGCUCCACCUCAUCGCCCUGAACAGCCCUCAGACUGGCUCCAUGCGGGGCAUCCGUGGUGCAGACUUCCUGUGCUUCACUCAGGCUCAGGCCAUCGGCAUGAAGGGGACCUUCAGGGCCUUCCUGUCUGCCAGACUCCAGGAUCUGCACAGCAUCGUCCGCAAGGCCGACAGGGACCGUAUGCCAAUAGUCAACCUGAAGGACGAGGUUCUGUUCGACAGCUGGGACGGUGUGUUCAAUGACGGCCGAUUGAAGGACAACGUGCCGAUCUACUCCUUCGACGGCAAAGACGUCCUCAACGACGGCACAUGGCCAGAGAAGAUGCUGUGGCACGGGUCAACCGGCGCCGGGCGGGGCCACGCCGAAGACUUGUGCGAGAUGUGGCGCGUGGGCAACCAGGCGGUCACCGGCAUGGCGUCGUCGCUGCAGAGCGGCAGUCUGCUGCAGCAGAGCGCCGGCAGCUGCUCCAGCUCCUACGUCGUGCUGUGCAUCGAGAACAGCUACGCCGGCCAGGCCAAGAGAUAGACACACACACACACACACACACACACACACUUUUCUAUUGUAAAUAAGUGUUUUGUUAUAAAUGAAUAGCCCCUCUUAUAUGGUGCUAGACAGGAUUUCCCCACUUAUUGGACCUAAGUUAAUCUCAGGUGACGCCCAGUAACGCUCGCUCCGGCGGCCAUAUUUGUUGUCUGUGACUAGUUCAGUUAUUUGUUUGUGACUUUGUCAGCUAGCGGUCGCUAUAACGUUGAUUUUAUAAAUACUAAAAUGAGCGUGCUCGGUGCUCGUAAGAGAUUUAGAAACGACGUCCUGAUUUCCCUGGAUAAUUAACAGAACACAGACUGAUUUCAUGGGGACUAUCUUCUUCGUAGAAAGUAGUUCCACAAGUGUUUACAGUUAGAAAGUAACUGUUUGGCCCUUUUCGUGUAUGAAUUGCCACAGAGCCAUAUGUCCUAAAGUAAGUUUAUCUCAGAGAGGGAUAUACCACUGUGAUCACAAAGAACUCAACCAAAUAUUAACAUUUACAACUUUACACACAAGUAUUUGUCGGUGCUGGAGUUAAAAAGUAAAAAGUACUUCGGUGCAGUCAUCAACACAUUUUAGCGUCCAAGAGCAACAUAAACGCAAGUUAUUGUAUAUGAAAUGUUUUCUUUUUAACAUUAUCUGUAACCCUUAGCACUGGCGUAAUAGCCUUUUUUUAUUAUUAUUCUUGCAACUGUCUUACUUGGGAAGAUGUUUUUUUCAAAUCUUGUUUUUCGGCAGUAACAAAUGGAUAUUUAUUUUUUAUAAACCGCGCUUCUAGUAUAAUGUGAUUGAAGAAUUACAACAUUUUCCAAAUGCAUCCAGCAGAUGUGCGACGCCGACACACAGACGUGUAACGCUUACGUGCACAAACCUUGUAUCAGACACGUUUAUGUACAGAUAUAUCUAGAUUCAGACAUAAAUGUGCGUCUCUGCACUGUUGCUUUUUAUUUGUUCUGCAGUAAAUGCACUGCAGCUGGAUCACGAACACUGUGGAUAAACAUCAGACUUCAUCAUUCAUACGUGGAGAAUAGAGAUGUUUUCAUGUGCCAUAAAGAUUUGUAUUUUCUGUUGUGUUUUUUUUCCUUGUGUGAGCAACAUUUUGAAUUCUCAAUGAAUAAACCUGUGUGG